AUGCACUAUAAGUCUCGCUGGAAUAUUACCAUCCCGAAUGUCCACCUUGCAACCUUACUCUUUAAGUCGCCAACCCACCCAUUGUCCAAGGCGCAUCGAUGUUUCAUCGAUGUAGCACGCCCAGACACGCACUACCUCACCACUCAUGAGUUUCGACUUUGGUGCCAGCGUUUCGCGGUCGGACUCCGCAAAUCUGGCAUACAGUCUGGCGACCGCAUUCUUGUCUUCUCCAACAAUCAGCUCUUCUCUCCCGUUCUUUUCAUUGGUGCCGUGUUGGCUGGCGCUAUAUACACUGGUUCGAAUCCAGGAUUUGGUUCAAGCGAGCUAGCUCAGCAUGUCAUCAAUAGCGGAGCGACUUAUAUCAUCUGUGAGGAGUCUCUUCUCGACACUGCAAUUGAUGGCGCAGAGCUGGCUGGUGUGGGUGAAGACCACAUAUUCAUUUUCGAUAGUCAUCUAUACGAACAAGACGCGUCUCCAGACCAAUAUGUCUAUCGCAGAAGAAACGGACGCCAAACUCUAUGUAGGUAUUGGGGUGAGCUGAUUGCACAUUCCGAGGAAGGUAGCAAGUUUGUGUGGGAAGAUUUCUCAACGCCAGAGUUGUGCAAUCGAACCAUUGCACUGAACUAUUCCAGUGGUACGUCUGGAACUCCCAAAGGUGUGGAAAUCACGCACAAAAACUGCGUCGCAAAUGUUUUACAAUGGGUGUAUCCGUAUUACCUAAACCCGGAUUUCGAGGACAGACUUAUUCGGACGCGCUGGUUAUGUUGCCUGCCAAUGUACCACUCGAUUGGGCAAAAUAUAUUCAUUGCCGCAGCUUUGCAACUGAGGAUCCCCGUGUACAUCAUGCCACGGUUUAAUUUCUUGAAUAUGCUUGAGUACACAGAACGGUUCCGCAUUACAGAUCUCCUUCUAGUAGCACCUAUCGUUGUGCAACUGGCGAAGGACCCAGAGAGCAAGAGUGGCAAGUAUGAUUUAAGCAGUGUUGAAGCUAUAAGGAGCGGUGCUGCUCCAUUAAGCCGGGAAGUCAGCGAAGAGGCCGAAGCGCUUUGGAAGGGUCGAGUUAAUAUCAAACAAGGGUGGGGGAUGACUGAGACGACAUGUUCCUUAAUGGGAUGGGAUUCCCGUGAUUGGAGUUCGACAGCGUCAGUGGGUGAAUUGAAUCCAAAUUGCGAGGCUAAGAUCAUGGCUGAAGAUGGCAUGACCGAGCUUGGAUACAACCAGUGUGGAGAACUAUGGGUUCGUGGCCAGAAUGUGAUGAAGGGAUAUUGGAACAAUCCGAAAGCCACUUCGGACAUCAAGACCUCCGACGGCUGGUUGAAGACUGGAGAUAUUGUUUACAUCGACAACGGUCAUCGGUUUUAUAUAGUCGACAGGAAGAAGGAGUUGAUCAAGGUGCACGGAAGGCAAGUUGCACCAGCUGAGUUAGAGGCAUUGCUUCUUGAGCAUCCUGCCAUCGCUGAAGUCGCUGUAAUUGGAAUAUCAAUCGGUGAUCACGAGCGACCACGUGCUUAUGUAGUACGACAAGCGGGUGAAAAGCUCAGUGAGGAGGAUAUCGUCAGUUUCCUUAAUACCAAGGUAUCCAUUCACAAGAGGAUUACGGGUGGUGUCAUAUUUUGCACUUCCAUUCCGAAGAAUAGUUCUGGGAAAAUUCUUCGAAAGGCACUCCGCACUCUAGCACAGAAAGAACUUGAAGACAUGUAG